UCUCUAUGAUUCACUGAUGGGAGGCAGGGUGGCCAUCAAGACUCCUUUGCCCUCCUCCCCGAUUUCAUUCAAGACAAUGUGGGGCUAUUUAAACAAGCUGUUCUUUGGGGCAUUUUUCUUUCUGUCACUUACCAUUUCGAAGCUUGAAUCUCCAAACCAAGACGCCAUGUGGAAAAAGAGUUUUCUCGUGUUCCUUUUCUCUCUUUCAAUUCAAAAGGUUGCACUGGAUUGUGAAAGAAUGAGAAAAACAAAUGAAUUCCCUUCUCCAAGUUUGUACUCACAAACGGACACAGUCAUGUGGGGUCAGAAUGUAUCUCUAUCGUGUUUCCAACAGAACAAAUCACUAGAGAUCACCUAUUUUUUGUUUCGGGAUGAGAAAUGCCUGCAAACCCAGGAUGGAAAAGGUGAACCCGUGACUUUUAACCUAACAAUCUCAGAAGCCCGUGAUCUGGGCCCCUACAAAUGCAAAGUCCAAGUUGCUAACUGUGCAAAAUACAGUCAGCCAUUCAACUUCACACUUGUCGACCCAGUGACUGCACCAGUGCUGAACAUUAGCGUCAUUCAAACAAAAACAGACCGAUAUAUAGCGCUACGCUGCAUCUCAUUCAACGGCUCUCUGCCCAUCGAUUAUAUUUUUUUUGAAAAAAACAUCAACAUAUCACCAGUUAUUUCCAAGAAUGUAAGGAAGCCUGCUGAAUUUAACAUAACCGAGAGUAACACUGCAGAAGUGAAAGAGUACAGGUGUAAAGCUAAAAACAGAUUGCCUAACCAUGCAAAAUACAGUCAACCUGUCACCAUAGCCUCAACAGGAGGAGACUGCGGUCCAUUCUGCCUGCAGUUCCUGCUUCCGGGGUUAUUACUGGUGCUAAUAGUAAUCAUCCUAAUUCUAGUAUUUUGGAUGCUACCAAAGUACAAAGCAAGAAAAGCGAUGAAAGAUAGUGCACCCAGAGUCUACGGAAAUACACCCAUGGAAGCUGGAAUAUAUGCAAAUGUCUGUGAAAAUCAAGCAGAUGAGAAGCCUAUUCCAGGCUUAGAACCAAAGCAAUGUGUUUCCAGUACCCAAGAUGCUAAGUACUCUGUGCAAAGUCCAGAAGUGACAUGCCGUUGGGCUGAAUACUCCCAGGAGAUACAUUAUGCUGACCCCAUGUUCCAGCAGGUGGCACCAAGAGAUCAGGAAGACAGUAAUAAUUCUAAAGGUGGAUAUGUCUAUUCUGAACUUGUCUUCUGAGAUUUAAAGAUGUAGGCUACAUCUCAGGGUACAUACAAUCCUGUCAUCAGACAAGAGUUUUGUUAGGUGGGAUCCUGACUAAUGAAAGUUUUUACAUGCUUUUGCCAUUUUUUGGCAAGGGCUAUUUCCCCCAUUUCCACACCAUUUAAUAAAGAAUAAUUUUUUGA